CAAGACGAGUGCCAGUCCUGCCAAAUAACCAUGGCAUCAGCCACCACACCGUCGCUUGACUUUGAAAUGGGCUUUCUACCUCGACACCCUCACUCCCAGCGGACGGAGAUUCCAUCAGAAUUUACAUCCAGCCACUCAUCAGACAACGUCCUCUCAUACACAUGAUGGGUGCGAUAUCCGCUAAAACUCGCAUACUGCUGCGCAACGCACGAAAUAUAUGUCUUGCUCGACUCUGUUCCUUGACAUAGGUCAUUGCUGUGUACUUAGGAUGGCUCAAGAUAGCUCUGGCUAUACAGUAACGUGGGAGACACCAGUGGGAGAGGAUGGUCAAGGCAUCGCCUCGAUCCUUGUCCAGGAUACGGACCCUAGCUUCGAUUAUCAGCCAGCUGAGGCAUGGAGUACAAGCCCGUCAAACGUUACCCAGUAUAAGGAUGGAACGGGCCAAUCGUUUGCAACGUAUCAGAACGUCCUUUAUCAUGCCAAUAACCUCGGGCCUGGGAAGCACACGAUCAAUGUGACGAAUAGUGGUCAGGAAUUGAACAUUGACUACGCCGAAGUGAUGGUCUUGACCGAAAACGUCUCCACCGGCGCAGCCGUGGGCCUAGCCGUGCUCGGCGUGGCCACCCUCUUCUUAUCAGGCGCCCUGGUCUGGAUGUGGCGCCAGCUGAAAAUGUCUCGAAGCCAAUACGUUGACCUCUAUCGCAGCUAUGCUCAGCGGCCUCCAGACAGCGUAAACUUCUCCUCUAGUAUCAUGACAAAUACGACGAGUACGCCUGAUCCUCACCGACGGAGCCGAGGGGCAUCGUCAGACAAGCAGCUGCUUCGCCGUAUACCCAGCGUUGGAGAAGGUUCAAUAGAGCUGCAACCACAACGAGCGGAUAACGGGAUCAGACCCAAUGUCGUGUACUACUCACCACAGCCAGAGAGACGUUCAUCAUAUGCGCCAACUAUAUCCACUGCGCUUCCCGAAUAUAGAGCGUUUCUGAGUGCAUUCGGGUAUACAGUGCUAUAUGACCUCUAUGCGCUUGAAGGCUAG